AUGUUUACGGGUACGCUGCGAUUGAAAGUAUGCGAGGCGAUCGGACUGCGGCCGACCGACUUUCAGACACGGCACACGAUGACAUUUGGCCGGCUCGGUGAUCAGCUCAUCGAUCCGUACGUGUCGAUAGACGUCGACGAGAAGUUCAUAGAUCGGUCCACCAUGAAGCCACGGACCUUCGAUCCGGUGUGGAACGAGAGCUUCAUACACGAGGUGGAGAACGCGAACGUGCUCGGGAUGACAAUCUUCCACGAGGGUCCCAUCACGGACGUGUUCGUGGCCAACACGACAAUACCGUUCGAGGAUCUGGUCACCCGCAACGAGUCGGAGCAGCAGGACUUUUGGGUCGAUCUCGAACCACAGGGCCGACUGCACGUGAAGAUCGAUCUCCGAUGGACACAGGACGCCAACAAUGUAGCCUCGCAGAACUCGUGCCGCCGGGCAGUCGUCAAGGAUCAGCCAUUUUUAAAUCGCCGCCGCGGUGCUAUGAGAAGGCGUGUUCAUCAGGUUAAUGGUCACAAGUUUAUGGCCACAUUCCUGCGUCAACCGACAUUCUGUUCCCACUGUCGCGAAUUCAUAUGGGGAUUAGGCAAACAGGGCUAUCAGUGUCAAGUGUGCACGUGCGUCGUCCACAAGCGGUGCCAUAGUUCGGUCGUAACCAAAUGUCCAAAGAAAAAGGAUGAGCAAACCAAACCGACACCAACGGAAGCAGCCCAACGGUUCAAUGUAAAUAUGCCACAUAGGUUUUCAGUGCACUCGUUCAAACGGCUGACGUUCUGUGAUCACUGCGGGUCGCUGCUGUACGGUAUUAUCAGGCAGGGGCUAAAGUGUGAGGUGUGCAGCAUGAAUAUCCACCGGCGCUGCGAGGGCAACGUGGCGAACAACUGCGGCAUCAACACCAAGCAGCUGGCGGAGCUGCUGAACGAGAUGGGCAUCACCAUGGAUAAAACACCACCCCGUAGAUCUAAGGUAGCGUACAGGCCAUUUCGAACACAGAUAACUCUGUACAGUGCUAAUAAUCUUACGCAUUACCCCUUUCCUACACAGUACUCCAACCAAACGCCUAGUGAUAACCUAUCGAUGUCGGAGCGUUCGGACGACACAAGCUCGCUGGACACGCUUUCCACCAAGAGCGGCGCGGAAAGUGAACUCGGUGCUCACAAUCUGGGAGCGGGAGCACACGGUGGACGUGGCGGUGCGGGUCAAACAUCAAAGUCGGGCGGUCCGACAAUGGGCAUGCUGGUGAAUUUGGGCACCGACGACGAUGGGAAUGCGCGACCGAUGCCGGGCAAGGUGUGCCUGAACGAUUUCAACUUCAUCAAGGUGCUGGGCAAGGGUUCGUUCGGCAAGGUGAUGCUGGCGGAGAAGAAGGGCACGGACGAGGUGUACGCGAUCAAGGUGCUGAAGAAGGACGUGAUCCUGCAGGACGACGAUGUGGAUUGCACGAUGACGGAGAAACGCAUACUGGCGCUGGCCGCCAAGCAUCCGUUCCUGACGGCGCUGCACUCGUGCUUCCAGACGCCCGACCGGCUGUUCUUCGUGAUGGAGUACGUGAACGGUGGCGAUCUGAUGUUCCAGAUACAGCGUGCCCGCAAGUUUGACGAGCCGCGGGCAGCGUUCUACGCGGCCGAGGUCACGCUCGCGUUGCAGUUUCUCCACCGGAACGGUGUCAUCUACCGUGAUCUGAAGCUGGACAAUAUACUGCUCGACGCGGAAGGUCACUGCAAGCUGGCCGACUUUGGCAUGUGCAAGGAGGGCAUCACUGGCGACAACCUAACGUCCACGUUUUGCGGCACGCCCGACUACAUUGCACCCGAGAUUCUGCAGGAGCUCGAUUAUGGACCGUCGGUCGACUGGUGGGCGCUGGGUGUGCUGAUGUACGAAAUGAUGGCCGGUCAGCCACCGUUCGAGGCGGACAAUGAGGACGAUCUGUUCGAGGCAAUCCUGCGCGACGACGUACUGUACCCUGUUUGGCUUUCCCGAGAAGCCGUUUCGAUUCUGAAAGGAUUUAUGACCAAAAAUGCGGCAAAGCGGUUAGGCUGCACCGAUGGCGAAAAUCAAAUCCGAAGUCAUCCAUUCUUCAAAGAUAUGGACUGGGAGGCGCUGGAGCAGCGCAAAGUUCGACCACCAUUCCGGCCACGAGUGCGAAGUGCUCGCGAUGCACUAAACUUCGACACCGAGUUCACGAAGGAGGAUCCCGUGCUAACGCCGGUGCCGAACGAUAUCAUACGAUGCAUCAAUCAGGACGAGUUUUCGGGCUUUUCGUUUACGAAUCCGGAGUUUGGACCGGAAAGGAAGAUUGUUUGCUAAGUUGCCGCCUCGUUUCGGUUUGUCGAACCAAUUCCGGUGGGUAAAUGUCAAGGUAAAGAGUAUUGGCGGAGAUAGCGAGACAGAGAGAGAGAGAGAGCCACGCACGUUGAUGUUUGCCACCGGGACACAACAACAUACACACACACACACAAAACGGCUCUGUUUAAGCUGUUGCUAUUGUGUGCGUGCGAAUGGUGCACGUAACAGGAAAAUGGUUGAUUUGAAUUCAAUUGGAUAUAGUCUGUGUCGUGGUAGCGUUAGCAUCUUCCUUACUCGUAGUUAAACAAUUUUAAUUUUCCUUUUCACCUUUCACGCAGUUUCUAGGUUUUUAUUCUGUUAGCAAACAGUGUAGAAGAAGCGCAGGGAAAUACGUCCAGGAAGAGGAAAAGUGCUAGAGUGUGGAGAUUUACGGGCACAGACACAGAGCAAAGCAAAGGUGUAACAAAGCAGGGGUUCUUCCAAUCGCCCCAAUCCGGUAACUAUCGCCCAUCGUGUCGUGUUCGGUGGGAUUGAAGAUUUAGAACGAUAAGAUUGUUUGUAGUGCAGGGAUGGAAACGCGACAGUAUCAGCGGUCGGUUUGGGUCUAGCCGGACGGCGUACGGUAUCAUUCGAAUAGGUGUUUUAAAUUAGUAUUAUUAACAGCUCCCCGUGCGUGGUUGAUAGGUUGACGUAUGUUUAGUGAACGGUAUGGCAUCCAAUGGAUGGGGCCGCAAGUGUCCGGAGUCAACGUUUGGUGGCGGCUGGUUUUACUUUCCCUUGGCCCACCCCGUGAGUUAGUGAUUUUUUUGUUGUUGUUUAAUUAACGCUUAAAAACCAACCGUUAACGUUUCUUGUUAAUUCUAUACUUCUUACGAUAAUCAUGCUUAUACACAAUCCCGUGUUUGAGUUAUGUUGCACGAGGGCGUACCCUGGUGCCACGAACGGUGUAAUGCAAUCUCAUUAAACCACUCACGCUUAUCAGUAAUGCGCCUACGGCCAUUGUUAGCUGUACUAAUUUCCAAUAAUCUAGCUAAAUUUAUUCGUUCUCUAGUUCGGUUUGAGUACACAUUUCGUUGGUAUUCGGCAAUAGUAUUAAGCGGCUAGCAAACACUCUCUUCGAAAACGGCGGCUAGCUUUAUCGGGAAUAGGAACGAAAUUUGAGUGUUUUCAGCCUUCGUUAGGUUGCUUAUGUUGUGAAGUUAUAUAUAUUUGUUAAGCAUGCUUUAGCUACACGAAAAAAAACCACAAAAAUUGUUGAACAAAUUACGUACUUCUUCUUCGAUAGGUUCGAUGGUGCGAGGUGGGUUACGUUUCACUAACACUUUUGGGAAACCGAUUUUGCAUUUAUUGUCCGUUAGCCGCGCGUAAUAACACAUACAGUGCUAUUUGAAUGCUAGUCAUUAGCUUGUUCUUUUUCUUUUUUAAAUGCAAUCUCGUCCCGCAGAGCUGGAACGACGUUAGGCAGCAUCCUUAUUUAAUCGUUUUGUUGUGUUAAAUCCUGUUACUGUUACUGAAAUUCGGUUGUUGCUUACCCAGCGCAACAUUUCAAAAAUGUGUUUUAUUCUUAAUAUCGUGGUAUAAAACUAGCGAAUGUAACAAUUCUACCAAAGAAAGUCAGUGCGUGUGAGUGGUAAGGGAAGGCAACCAAAUGGGUUCGGUUAGCUACAGUGAGACACAGGCAGCCGCGCCGAAUUCAUUUAACAUUCGGUCCAUUUCGUUUUUACCGUCUCGUUUGGGCAAGUGUGCGGGAUUGUGUGCGGGUGACAGGCUGGUCUGGCCAGUAGAUGUAGGAGGAGCCCCUUGCCAUAGGAUAGCUAAUUGUUAGGUAACUAGGAGAAUGUGGUAUACUAUAUGUGUUAUAGCUGUGCAUCAGGUUUGCAAAUGUUUGCUGUAAAAAAACAAACCUACAGUAUUCGGUUUACCUAUGUUUGUUCUUUCUUGUUUUCUCGUUUAAAUAGCACAACUUAUUUAUACAGUACUCGUCGUGUAACGGUGUGUAUGGAUGGAUGUUGACUAGUGAAGAAUGUUUAACAGUAGAAAAGCAUAGAAAACAAAAAAAGAAAAACACAGAGACAAUUUAUGAGAUGAUCAAAAACCAAAGGUACACAAAUUGAUCUGUUGCGUGCGAGAGCGAGAGAGAGAGAGAGAGAGAGAGCGAGCGAAAGCUCGAGAGCAUGAACUGGCUGUUUUAUAAAGAAAAAAAAUAUUUAUGUUUGAGAUGGUAGUGAAAAAGCACAAAAAAAAGGUGGUAAAAGGUUUAUUUAUUUAAAACAAAAACCGGAGAUACAUUUUCCUUCCAAACGUGGCAUAUCUCCUUUGCUGUUUUUAAAACUUCCCCCGAUGAGAGCAGAAUGGAACCGCCUUAGGUGUAACGCGGAAACUAUCUCGAUGGCGGAUUCCUUUUGCUUGUUUGAUGGCUUUGAACGAAUGGUAGGCCCUUUCCACGGUUACUGUUGAACAGCUAAAAAAGCUGGGGCUCUUAACAAACAACCAACAAAGGAAAGUGAAUCCUAUCGUCCGUACAAAGCCACGUGGCAGCAACCUGAAUCCCCCCCCAGGCACAAUAGUACAGGCAAUGUUGUAAUGUUGUGUUUAGUUGUUACUACUCAUCGGUUAACGUGUUUCGUCGUUUUGUCGUGAACUUUCAUUGUGAUUGUGUCGCUUACAGUAGUACAGUAGUAGUCGUAGUACCAGGGUUGGAAGUUGGAAAACGGUCCGCAGGGGCGCGAAGAAAGGCAGAACGCUACAAUCGUAAUCGUAUUAGCGCUCACUGCAGUUUUGCGAACAGAAAGGGAAAAGAAACACAAAAACACAGUACAGAGGCUUUGAGCUUUCAUAUACGGGUGCGUUUGGUCAGGCCGGCAAGUAGACAGACUCCACGGAUGUCGGUGACGGUGGCCAUUAUCUUUUUUGUACCAUUUUUCCUUCCCUUUCAAGCGCCAUUCUGAACUGCCACCGUGACACGGGAACGAUCUUUCGUCUCACGGUGGCGCUCUCGGAAUGGAUAGUUUUGCAACAAAAAAAAAACGGGGGAAAAAUACUGUAACACAUGACGAUUAGGAAAGAGCCAUAUAUAAAAUUGCUCUCGAGAAAAGCAAAAGGGGUCGAGUAAAGCAAAAUACAAAAAUCCGUCUGAUAAUAUUAACAAAACAUAGGAGAAAAAUUCAAGAGGCAGAAGCAAAACCACACAACAAACCAAACAGCAAAAAAAGCGAGACAAGCGCGUUGCUGUAGCAAGACGAAGAGUGCGAGAGAUCCUUGCCGCAACUGAAAGGCCUUUACGCAAACGAGCAAGGAGGAUGUCUUUACUGAAAAAUGCUGCACAAAACCAGAAAGGAGCGCGUUUGCGUACUCUGUCUCACUGUCAGACACUUGCGGUUAUUGGGUUGUUACUUUUUUUUGGAGUCAGGAAAGAGGAAUCAUAUUGACGGCGGAAUGUGCAUUGGCAUGGAGGCAAAUGCCUUCAUGUUUUGGCACGUUCGUGAGGGAUUGACACGCAGCGACAAGCGACAGAGCGCAAAGGCAUGUUUGGUUUUUGAUUUCUUGCGCUGCAAAUGAACGGAAUGCGUCAAGAAGUGGCAGCAACGAGAAGCGAUUACUUACCCACUAGCCAACAUGAUAAAGCAAUAUUAUUACCAUUUUAGGGAAUCUUCAGAUUUUUUUUCACUUGCUGUCUCAAAGUCCUCCGACAUCGACCCGACCGGCCCAUUGUGCGUGUUAUAAUAAACUUCAGGAGCUUCACACCUGGGUGUGAAGUUUUUCAAGUUUUGAACUUCAACACACGGCCGUAUGAGAAUUGUAGGGUUCAGAUUGCUAGGAGAUGACACACAGUCGGGCUCAAACUUCAUGUUUUCUGCGUGUUAUCGUUCGCCUAGGGAAGCAUUUGGUCCUUCAAAAUCCCGUAAUAUGCUUGGCAAUCAGACAAGGCCAGAGUUGAGCCACUUUUCGUCGGAGAACAGAAUUAUCAAUUGUUUGUAAUUGUUUUUGAAAGAUUUGUUUUUUCUAACAAUUCAAUCUCAUUUCCUUUAAACAUCAAAAUUCUCAACUCGCACCUCAUCCUGUCGCUCCUUGUAUGGUGCUUUUGUAAGGACGUGGUGAUUCUGGAAUCUUUAUUCCCCGUGAGGGUUGUUUUACUCCAUCCGAUACCUGUUUUCUCUUCCAUGGCCCAAACAUUUUCGUACGCAAGACCGCCUCAUUCGCAGCAGCAGCUGUGUACAUGCGUUAACUGACAUUUAAUUGGCGCAAAGGAAGUAGCGCAGCUCGUGUACAUUAGUUGCAUGCUAGGAAGAUUAAAACACUCCACCAUUAACCGUAACAAGUACAUCGUACUUCUCCCGACUACAGUGACCGAUAAUGAAGUCCAAAUCGGUAAAGAAAACAGACGAAGCAUCCUCAGCCGGUAGCAGAACAAAACAAAAAACAUACAACACCUCGAAACAAGGCGACCUUUGUGUACUUGAACAUAUACCAAAAAGAAAAAUAAGAAAAGAAGAAAAAACAUACACACGCACACAAACAAAACAAGAGCAGAAACAAUAAACACAAAAGUGUGGGAAGAAGAGAAGAAGAGAGAGCAAAGUAAGUAAUGCGCCGCUGCUUCAAACAAACACUUGAAAGCUUGAAAGACGGUAGGGCGGCGCUUAUAGGACACACAUGCACACAAAAAAAAUGAGAAAAAAGUGGAUGAAACUAAUGGAAUACAGAGAGGAAAGCAGAACAAAAACCACCAAGUACCAGCAAGAGGGGGAAGUGAGCAGCGCAGAGGCAGAGCACACAAAAUGGCACAAUGGUUUGUGUAUAUUUGGCGUCGGGCAGAAACGGUACAGAGAUGGGAGAGCAUAUAUAUUGCAGAACAUAUAUAUAUAUAUACAUAUAGAUAUAUACAAAUACAUAUAAGAACAAAAGUAAAAGUGAGAACAUAAAUUAAGAAAAUUUAUAAAAAUGAAUCAAGAAGCAAGGCGAGAGCGAGAGCGAGAGAGAGCACGCGAUCGCGAUAUACUAAUACACACGCAGUAGGGACGCGAUCAGGAGGAUAAUGUAAUCGGUUUUAAAGCAAACAAAGCGACACAAAAUUAAACAAGCACACGUACAUUUAGGGAGAAGGCAAAACAAAAACCAAACCUCAGGGGGUUUGUUAGACAUCAGUAGAGAAAAACCAAAUGUUUGAUCCUUUUUUUUUUUGGUGGUGGUGCAAAAACAAAAAAUGGCGUUUGCGAGGCUCAUUUGUUUAGAAGCCACGGCUCCCUUGAUUGUGUGCAGACGUUCGAUCGCAUAAUCCUUUGCCCCCCCUUGUCUGAUCUUCUUCGACGAUCAGCUUGGUCCAGCGGUUGCGGUUGAAGCAUAUCCGUGUCCAGCGUCCAGCCCGUUCUGUGUAAUGCGUGGUAAUGAAGAUGCGAAGUUAAAAGCAAACCAAAAUGUCCCACCGUGUACCUAAAGCAAGAAGAACAAACAGACAAAAACCACCCGCUUUGUGUCCAUCCGCUGUCCCUUUCAGCAGCAGCAACAGCGGGCUUUUCGUUAGUAGUUGUUCCUUCUCCUCUAUAAUUACACCUCUAAAUCCGCUCUUAUAAGUGUGAACGAGUGUGUGUGUAUGGCAUGUGUGUGUGUGUAGCGUAAGGAUGAAUUGUUUUGGGUGUGAUCGCGAAAAUUUGGCCAUGAAAGUGAUAAAAUUAACUAAUUAGUUGUGGAACUACCUUCCCCGGGGAAAAUGAUACGCUCCCAAGACACUGGACCAUUAAGGAUUACGGCGAUGGAAGGUGUGUCACGUUGAUUGUGUUGAUGGAACGCUCCUAACUUAAUUUAAAUCCUUGUGUGAUAACAGGAUGACUUUUAGGUUAACUUUUUAUCGAGACGUCGAACAAAGCGGGAAACCCUUUAAACGGGUAACGUGAUGUACUACCGGCAAAUUGAGGUUCAGCACAAAGGGAAACAAAAACCAAACAUGAAGAACUCUGUUGUGCAUGCGUGUGAGGGUGAGAGAGAGAGAGAGAGAGAGAGAGAGAGAGAGAGUGUGUGUGUGUUGUAAGCCCACGAUCGAGUGUCUCUUUGUAUUGUGUGAGUGUGCGUGUGUGUGUGUGCAAUGUCGCUGUUAUUUUGUCGUCAAGGAAAGGAAAGCCACAAACCACAUAGAAAACCUCUUUGAAGAUGGCGGCUCAAUCGAAAGCCGACCGACCGGAAGUAGAAGGAUCAAAAUGGCGCGCGAUGUGUGUAAUAAGUAGCGUUUGUCGUCCCUCCCCUACCCUCCCACUUUUGUUUUUGGUGUCCCAUCGCGCGGGAAAGUAAAGAGCCCGCGCCAAGGGAAAAGUCCCGUGCGCAGUAAAAAAAGAAGGUGGAACAUUAUGAAAAUAAAGAAGAAGAAAAGAGGAAACAAAAUGGAAGAAAAAUGAUACAAAACUGGGAAAAGCCUGACAAAGAUAACCCCACUUUUAUGGAGAAAUGGUAUAGUGAAGCGAAACAAAAAGGAGAGAAAAAAAGAGAGAAAUCCACACAUACACACACCCACAAAAACAAACCCCUAUCAUACCGAUACGCGGCAGCACCACCAUCAGGUGGGCUGAGAAAAAGGAUGCCCGUGUGUGUGUGUGCGUGCAUGAGCGUGAGUAUGUAUGUGUGUGACGCAUGGAAGCAAAAACAAAACAAGUUGUAAAAGUAGCAAAAAGAAACCAAUGUGUCGUGGCAUACGAGGAUACAAAAGGAAAUGCGUUUUGCUAAACAAAAAAAAAACACAGAACAAACUAAACAAAGUGCACACACACA